UCGACAAUGGCUGUCUACAGUUUUGUUUUAGAUUCCUGUUGUAUUUCUUUUGAAAGAAUUAAAUUAACGGUAGUAAGAAGAAUAUAAUAACAAAUAGAGAGGAACAGAUUUUCUGUGGUUUGCCCACAGAUACAUUCAUUAAACUCGAUCGUAAAUUGCUCUAAAACUCACUUUUGUGACGAAAUUGCCGCCAUUCCGUGCCAGGAAUGGCAAAAAUAAGCGAGUCAGCUUGCGCAUCUCUCACUCUGGGCAACGUUAUCACCAGAAAGCUUUGCGGCAGUGGUUUGCUGAGAGAAGCGUCUUUCCUAAUCUAGUACAUACGGAAGAAGAUGAGUUUAGUCAGAUAAGUUCACUUCUAAAGAGAACACACGCCAGACAGUUGUGAGCCACUCCGGUCUAAGUGUCGUGAAAGUAUAACAAUGCAACUCGACGUGAAAUUGAAUCAGACGCCCAGAACAUCAGCAGCCAGGGAAUCCUCUUCGGUUCUACUACAGUGGAAAGAUCUCUCCGUGAGCGUAGCGAGCCGCAGUUUUUGGAAACGUAGAAACAAACUAGAAGAAAAGCAUUAUAUUCUGAAGGAUGCAAACGGCGCGCUUCGUUCGGGAAAUUUAAUGGCCGCGAUGGGUGCAAGCGGAUCGGGAAAGACUACAAUGUUGGCGGCCGUCUCGAUGCGCAUGACGGCCGAUUACGUCCAGGGACAAGUGUUCGUCAACGGGCUGUCAGUGGGUCACUCGGAGAUGAAGCGCUUAUCGGGUUUCGUGCCGCAGUUCGAGAUUUCCGUCAAUUCGUUGACAGUGCGAGAGCAGCUUACAUUUGUGUCGAAACUGAAGGGAGUGCCGCUGACUCAAAUGCGAACUGUAAUCCGAGAGCUGAAUUUAGAAAAAUGUGAACAAACGAGGAUCUCACACCUCUCCGGAGGGGAACGACGGAAGAUAAACCUGGCGGGGGAGCUACUGACGGAGCCACCCAUUUUGUUCUGUGAUGAACCGACAACCGGACUCGACAGUUUCAGUGCACUUUCUGUACUGAAGUCACUUCAAAAGUUAGCUACCGUGCAUGGAAAGGCUGUGAUCUGCACAAUUCACCACCCAGCAUCGGCGGUUUUUGAGUGUUUCAGUGAUGUCAUUUUACUGCGGCAAGGGCAGGUUAUUUUUCAGGGACCCACCAUGGAGGCCAGUUCGUUUUUCAACAGCAUCCAAUUUCCACUUCCCGUGAAUUGUAAUCCUGCUGAUCAUUACUUUAAAUUAGUUUGUGAUACCAAGAAUGACGCUGAGCUUAGUCUAGCACGACAAGCCCGAAGAAAGUUGGUUCGAGAAUUCCACACGAGGAACGUGAGGGACAAGUGUUUUACGCUUGAUCAUCAUCGAGAUGACGUAAUUAAGAAAAUACUUACAAAGAACCACCAAGCUUGCUGGUCAACCCAACUAUGGCUGCUUUUGCACCGUGGCAUCCUAGACAGCGUACGCAACAUUCGCGAAUACGUGACAGUAACACUAUUGUUCCUGAUUACCAGUGUAACGAUCUCGACGCUUUACUUCCAAGUUACUCCCACCAACCAGACAGCGAUCCAAGACAUCCGUGGGGCGCUAUUCCUCAUGCUCUGCGAGCUGCUAUACACGAUUAGCUACGCGGUGUUCUACAUGUUCCCCCAGGAGUUGCCCCUGCUGCGGCGGGAAGUGGGCGAGCAGACGUACCGCCUGUCGGCAUAUUACGCCCACAAAGCGCUGCUGACGGUGCCGAAGGCGUUCUUCGAAUCGUUCCUCUUUGUUGGCAUCAUCUACGGGUGCGUGAAGUUUGCGACCGGAUUUGCCACCUACCUCGGGAUGGCCACCGUUUGCUCGUUCGCCAGUCUGCUGGCCGUCGCAUACGGCUACCUGUUCUCGUGCAUCUGCGGUUCGGUGGAACUCUCAAUCGAGUAUGCCAACAUAAUCUUCUUACUGUAUGCCCUGCUCGGGGGUUUGUAUCUAAACGUUCGAGCCUUCCCGGUCAGCAAAUUUGUUUCGUUCUUCUUCUUCGCUUCGGAGGGCAUUUCGGUGUAUUACUGGCGGUCGGUCGGUAACAUCACCUGUGCCGAGCCAGGACGAAAUAGCACUACCUGCCUGCCGAACGGUCAAGCUGUCCUCGAGGACGCAGGCUACCGGACCACGCUAGAUGCCAUCUACGGGAACUAUCUGCUGAUGGUGGUCGAGAUCUUGCUCGUUCACUUUGUGGCCUAUCUGAGCCUACGAAGGUUCGUACGAAGGGUGGGCUUCUACUAGCGCAAGCGAGGCGAGAAGAGAAAAAAACAGUUUUAUUCUACCGGACUUAAUAUAUUUGUACUUUGACUAGGCAAAUUCUAUCUGUUGAAAAACAAAGGAUAUUCUGUUUCAGGUACACGAA